UUGCAUAACUUUCCCACUUAGUCCUCUAUUCAUAGCUUACGCAUCUGCUACCCAUUUAGUAAUAUAAGUAUGUCUGCCAACAGGUUUGGGAAUAACUAUAGACCAGGAAAUCAAAGAUUUUCCAAUCAGCGACAAGGUAAUUAUCGCCAGUACAAUAAUUAUGGCUCCAAUCAAGCAGGUAAUUCUUCUUAUGGUGGAUACGGUUCUUACGAUGGACCGAACAGGUACGGUAAUUCGAGUUCUUAUAAGUCAACACCUCCAAACAAGGAAAAAGGUAAUCCUAAUCAAACGCGUUAUCAACCUAAUAGAAAUCAAUAUCUGAACUUCUACAACGGCCCAGGAAAUUACUCCUCCGAUUCAAAUAAUAACCAGAUAUGGAUGGGUGAUUUAGAGCCCACUUGGAAUGAAGAAACUAUCAGUAAAAUUUGGACAUCUUUAGGUCAGACUCCUGUCAGUGUAAAAAUCAUGAGAGAUAGAUCAGGAGAUCCUAAUAGAAUGAAUAAACCAACUUACUGCUUCGUUAAUUUUGAGAACCAGGAAGCUGUUUCAAGUGCUAUUGCUAAAAAUGGUUUACAAGUCCCCGGUCACGAUAAAACUCUCAGAUUAAACUGGGCAAGUGCCAGUAACAAUUCUUCAACAUUGGCAUCUUCAACUUCAUCACCUUCCUCUAAUGCGCAAGGAAGUAUAAGGGGGCCCUCUACACGGUCACAAAUGGAGUUCUCCUUGUUCAUUGGUGAUUUGGGACUUGAAGUGACCGACUCUAUUCUUUUUAAAGCCUUUGAAUCAUUAUAUCCUGGCCAAAUCAAACAAGCCAAAGUUAUGGUGAAUCCAAUGACAAAAAUGUCUAAGGGUUUUGGUUUUGUAAGAUUUAAUAACGAAAUCACUCAUAAGAAAGCCUUGGCCAACUGUACUGGUAUGAUGAUUGGAAGCAGGCCCAUCAGGGUUGCCCCUGCAGCUCCAGUGUCUAGUUCUACAUCUACCAAUGUGAAGAAUACACAGAAAAUAGAAACUAAAUCAAAUCAAGUCAACUUUGCCCAAUCUCAACCCCCUCUCACUCCAUCUACCGAUCCGAGAAAUACUACAAUUUGUAUCAAAGAAUUAUCGUCAAACAUAAGCGAAUCUGAUUUGGUUUCUCAUUUCAUUACCUUUGGUCAUAUAAUUUAUUGCAAAAUUAUUCCUCACUUGAAUAGAGGAUAUAUUAUGUUCUAUACCAGAGAGGCAGCGGAAACAUCCAUAUUAUUCAUGAAUGGAUUCAUGAUCAAUGAUUGUAGAUUGGUUCUAAGUUGGGGGAAAAGCAAGCCCACAAAUAAACGGCCAAUCGCUUUCCAACCCGAUUUCAACCUGAAGGAAUAUCUGAGAAUACCAACACCUCCAAAACUCUAUGGAAAUCUCGGUUCUUAUUACAUAGAAUUUGAUAAGCUAUCACAAGAUGAGGCCGAAAGUUUCCCAAGUCAAUUAAUUGAUGAGAAUCAACCUUUAACUACAGAGAAAAUUGAUACCUUGCAUGUUAGAUCUAAGUUGAAUCGAGAUAGAAUCUUAAGCUCAGCUGUAUAUUGAUCCAUAGUCAUAAGAAGAUUUCAUAUGUCAUAUACCUUCGUGCUCUUCUUCGAGUACACCAGGACAAUUACUCUGUAGAUCGUCUUCAUCGUUGUAAAAACAUCCACAAAAAACGCAGUAGUUGAAUCCUCUACAGUAUAUAAGGAGUUUUUCCAAUUUCUCUGAAUUAUCAAGACUUUUCCAAUCUUUCAAUUCUUCAUUAUUUGCAUUUUCCAAUCGCCUUUGCUCUUUAAUCUGUUGAGGAUUCUCAUUAUUCUCUGUGUCAAAUACUAGGGUACGUUUGUUAUUUCGUCUUUUCAAAUCGGCUUCUAGUAUUUCAAUGGCAAAUUCUCUCCAAAGAAUGUUAACAUCUCCCGGAUCAAAGUUUUCGUUAUUAUCUAGGU